AUGGCCUUGAAGGUGGCAACCCGCCAAACUGCUACGGAGCUGUCGACCGAGUUGACAGGACACAUCGCAGAGGUGGCACUAUCUCUGCAUGGGAAUCACGUGUUGCAGCGCGUCAUAGAGGUUUUGCCAUCAUCCAAGACCAACUUCAUCGCAGAAGAGCUCAUGACAAGGGCAGCAGAGGUUGCUCGGAAUGUCUUCGGGUGCAGAAUAUUUUGCCGGCUGCUCGAGCAGUCGGCAAACCUCACUUCUACGCAGAGGCUCCUUGCGAAGGUGAUGCGAGACACCGAGGACCUGGUCCAAAAUCAGUUUGGCAGGUAUGUGGCCCAAGCCAUCCUAGAGCAUGGUACCGAUGAUCAGAGGAAGUCACUUGCUGGAGCCCUUGGUCCCCGUAUUGUGGAUCUAGCGCAGCAUCGCAAUGCGAGUCAUGUCAUUGAGAAGGCCCUGACCUACUGCUCAGGGGAUGACAGGCGCGCUUUGGCGGUUCAGCUGCUGCAACAGGACCCCCGUCAUCAAGACACCGGGGUUGAGACCUUGGCGCGUACGCAGUAUGGUGGUUUCGUGGUCAAGGCAUUGCUCAACCUGGGCGGAGACAUUGAAGCUGAGGCUCGCCGACAGCUGUUACACCUCAGCGGCCGUUUCUCUGAGCUCAAGGGUGCGUCCAAGGAGACGAGGUUUGCUGAGCGACUUAUGAAGGAGCUGCUGCAACCUGUGUCGGCAGAUGUAAAGGGAGCAGCUUCGCGCAGGAGUUGGGCUACUUGCCCGAAGAGGACGACAGCACGUUCGCUGGAAAGGAUGGUCAAUCCGCCCGAGCGGGCCGUGUCCAGAGAAAGCCGCCGAGGCCUGCUUUUUCAGGCAAAACGGACUUCCAUGGAUUUUGAGAAAACUUCUCCAGGCGCGGCCUAG